AGUUGCCCGAUGUUUAUUCAUCGCUCGGUUUGACGUUUCGUGUCACAAACUGCUUGAAAACUCAACAUUGGGACACAGAACGUGAAAAGCAAAGUGAAAAUCUCGACGAGUCAUUUGUUUUGUGUUGUUAGAUUUUAAAGUUUCGAAUAUGGAUAAAAAACAGAAAAAAAAUUCGCAGAAGAGUGCAAAGCCUACCAAAAAGUCGCAACCAGUUGUGGAUGAAAAGCCAAAAAGACUCGACUCAAAAGCACCGAAACAAUCUUACGAUUUGCCGGCUGUUCAAUGCAAAGAUACACUUUUGCUGGAUUAUGACUACAGCAAACAAUAUUCGAAGCGAAAUUUGGUGAGCAAUUGGGAUAAAUACGCCGAUUUACCAGAUGACGAUGAUGACAAUGGACAAUUGUCAGCGGCUGAUUUUGAACAACUUUUGUCUGCAUCCAAAUCAAUUGGUGAUCACUUUACAUUCGCCGCCGAACGAAGCUGGUUGCAAAAUGAUGGUGGCAAUGCAUCUGAUGAAGGUUCAGUCGCUGCUGAUUUAUUCAAGUUGAAUAUUUCGAAUUUGAAGAAUGGAAUUGGCCGAUUACCAUUCUAUAUGCGUCAAGGUCUGCCCAAGGAAAUGUUUACGGACGAUGAAAUUACCAGCAUGAACUACAGAGCCAAUUACUUUGAGAAUGAAAAUAGCCAUAAGUUAUCAGCAGGGAACGAAAUAAAUCAAAAUCUACUGAAUAUACUUACGAAGGAGAAUGUGAAAGAUACAUCGAGUACAAAUGAGAAAAGGAAAACUGAUUACAGCUCCAAGAAAAUCGUUAACGCUCCAUCAAAGAAAGUCGAAGUAAAAACACCCACACAAAAGGACAUUCCGCAGAGCUCAAGGGAGGCAGAACUUAUCGAUCAACUUACCGAAAUCAAAUUGACUCCCACAGUCACCACAAUCCCAAGCAAAAGUAAUCCAAUUAAUACACCCUCAAGUAGCACCAAAGUCAAGUCCAACAAAACGGAGGAUAUCCAAGAUUGGCUCGACGAUAUCCUGAAUGAAAAUUGAAAAUCGCAUUCUUUGAAUAUAUUGAAAAUUGAUAAAUUGAAAUAAAAACGUUUAUUUUUGAUAUUAAAUCCA